UCAGAACCUUGGAUCCAGGAACAAUUCACCAACUCAGCAAGCAUCUUUCCAGCGAUGAAAGCUUUAGAGGAAGAACUACGACGAAUGAAAGAAAAAGAAGAGAUGUUCGUGGAGAAAUUGAUCAAAGCAACAAAAAACGAAGAAGAUUUAAAAAACAAUCUGAUACGGUUAUCUCAAGAACUGCUGGCAAAUAAUGUACUUAAAGAUCGGUUAAAACUUACACACAACACACAAGAAAAUUUUGACUUACCUACUAUCUUUGUUGUCACGCCGACGUUCAAACGUUUUGUGCAAAAGGCUGAAUUAACACGACUAUCACAAGCUUUUAAGUCUGUCAAGAACUUACACUGGAUUGUAGUGGAAGAUUCUGGGGAUAAAACAAACUUAGUAGCUAAUUUUCUGCGGAAUUCACGUUUGAAAUAUACGCGUCUAAAUGUAAGGACCCCAGAUACUCUUCGAAGACAAAAAAACGAAAAGCGACGGUCCAAGCCACGUGGGGUGGUACAGAGGAACAUUGGAAUUCAGUGGAUAAGAAACAACAUUGAUCCUCACAGGACCCCUGGUGUGGUAUAUUUUGCGGAUGAUGAUAAUACGUAUGAUAGCCGCAUCUUUGAUGAGGUUUGUUGACUGAAUAGGUUAUAUACUCUUCCCCUAUAUGAUCGUACUUGUUACUAGUCCAGACUCGCACUCAGUCGCCACUUAUUUGUCCUGGAAAAGGAAUACGCAAAGGAAACUUAAAGCGCGCAAAAAUGCUUGGGAAGGAGGGAGAAAAAGUGUUUCGCCAGUUUUACUCCCUUCCUUCCUUCCCUUGAUACACCGCGAAUUCAUUAAGCCAUUAAUCACAUGUAGGGCUAAUAUAGAGAAGCUGAUUGGGUACGAGUCAGUUACUAGUUCAGAUUUAUACCUACAUACCGACUUACCUAUAGAGUUACAGGAGACUGAUGGGCCUAAGACUAUUAAACGUGCACACGGAACAUCCUGCAUGAUGCUAGGAUUGAAAAAUUGCUACUUAUCCGGAAUGCAUUGCCUGCCACGCAGGGGAAAAUUUGAGGUCGCUCAAGAAAAUCUCGGCCACCUCGCAUAACUUUCACAAGAAAUACCCAGAAUUUCUCUCUUUGUUUAAUACAAAAAUAAUUCGGACUCGUUACAGUGUCAAAGCAAAAAAACUUCACAGUCACAGCUUUUUUCCACAAAACAAUAAGAACUUUACCUGUCUGCUCUUUUUUAUGCCUUUUGUAACAAGGUUAAUGACCGCCCCAAUCAUGAAGAUGAAGGAAGAUUGCAAGUUUAUUGUUGCUGCUGUUUUGCUUUGUGUCCAGCGGUCACAUAACUUGUUUUUUAUUCUUAGAUGCGCUGGAUCAAAGGUGUUGGUGUUUGGCCUGUAGCCUUUACUGGAGCUGUCCGUUGGGCAGGUCCCGUAUGUAAAGAUGGACAGGUCAUUGGUUUCCACGCGAAGUGGGGUUUGUUUCGUCCAUUCCCUAUCGACAUGGCGGCUUUUGCAAUAAAUAUCAAGAAGCUUUUAAUAGAUUUCCCGAAAGCUGAGUUUCUCUCUCCUGAAAAAGCGGGAAUGUUGGAGUCUUCUUUGUUGACUCAAAUAACAACAAUCGAUGAACUGGAACCUGUUACGCCAAACUGUAGCAAGGUAAACAAAGUUAGUACAUAAUAGUUGGUAAAUAAUAAUAAUAAAUAAAUAAGUGAAUCAAGUUGACACUCUAAAAUAAUUUAUAAUGGUAAUAAGACCGAGUGGAGUGCAAUUCAGUUUGUAAUCGCACGAGUGAUUGACAAAAUCGGACGACCACGUACCCUGGGUACCAGAGAUUUUUUCUCGCGUGUGACGGGGAGCUUCGGCGGCCGCAGGCCGACAUGUCUUUGGCCUUCGGAAACCGCGCAUGAAAAGUCUCUGGCACCCAGGGUAACGACCGCGUAGCGGGAGUCCUAUUUGUUACAGACCGAAUUGGAUGACAGGCAGUCCUGUUACCAAUUAAUCUUAACCAUUACAAGUCCGAGAAAACAAAUGCAUUCUUUUUUGUGAAAGAGCUUUAAUACCAAUUAAUGUCCAAACUUAGGGAAAAUAUCACUGGCAGGGACACUGUCUAUGUUACAAAUUCGUCCAUUUUAGAAAAUCCCCAGUUUGAUAGGGCAGGUGGUUGUUGUUAUGGUUAUUGUGAUAACGUCUGCGAUUGGUGGAUCAUGAUUGGCUGUUGUAACUGUCCGAUUACUGCCCUACACAAUAAUUGGUUAAAAAUAAAGCAGUUAAUAAAAUUUGUGGAAAUUGUAAUGUUAUGAUUAACUGCGCAAUACGCUUUCCUAUUUUUACCUAUUUUCCUUUAUACUUGAGGAAGUUGAAGUCAAAGUUAAAAAUACUGAAUGUGUUUCAUUCCUUGUCAGGUCUAUGUUUGGCACACCAGGACAGAGGUACCAAAGGACAGUAUUAUAGGAGAGAGAAGAAUGAUAAAGCAAGGCACACCAUCGGAUAAUAAUAGAGAAACCUAG